AUGCAACUCGGAAACAUCCUCACGCUUCUCUGCCUCAGCACCGGGGCCCUCUCCUUCAAAGUCCGCGCAUAUACAGAGGGAAACUGCAAGGGCGAGGCAAAGGAUAUCAACGUCUGGGACAAUACCUGCAGAGGCUCCGGGAUUCCAAAGACACACUCCUUCCGUGUCCUGGCCUACGGAGGCCGUCACCAGCGUGCCGCCUUUUACACUGACGGCUCUUGCAACCCCUUUGGCAAGGACUGGACUGACUGGUGGGCUGAUGGCGGAAGCAAUGUGUUUAAGAAGGACCGCUGCAUUGACAUUGGGUUCGGGGCAUACUCGAUGGGUUCUCGUUCUGCUUAG